GGGGAGACCGGGUAUGGUUGUAACAUAGGGAGAGUUGUAACAGCACCAUUUACACCAAUCAGGGAUAAGAUAGGAGUCACAUGAUCAUUUCAGUGUUUGCCCGCUUCCUCCCCAAUCCCAUAUUGUCAUUGUCAAGGCUGGAAACAGGCACAUGAAGAUACUAAGGAGAAAAAACUGAUUUUGAGGUAAGAAAGUAAAUUUUUUGACCAUGACUAUAUUUUGUUUGGUACUUAUACUGUUGCAGAUAAAACCAUAUGACUUACAUUAGAUGAAAGUGUAGUUUCUCAGGCAAAAUGUGAUGCAUUUUCCCAUGCUAAUUUCAAACCACUUUGCUACUACAGCUAGCUAAACAUGGCUGACAGGGUUGGGGUGGGUUGUAACACAUCUUUAAAAAGUGUUACAACCAUCCCCUUACAUACAACCUUUUGAUUUUAACAAUUUUACAGAAUGCCUAGGCAGUGGAUACGAAAGACUGAUAGAGGUGUGCCUGCAGAUGUUUUAAAAAAGGCAUCUAAUGAGGUCACAAAGGAGAGCAAGUCAGUCAGAUCAGUUGCGAAGGCGCAUGGGAUCUGCCAUGUAACACUGAGCAGAUACUGCAAAUCACUGCAGAAGCUGAGAGAACAGGGGUCCAGUGAUCUUCCCAAUGUAGGUUAUUGGAGCAGCAACAAAGUCUUCUCUGAGGUGCAGGAGGAAGCGUUGGCUGACUAUUUGACUCAGGCAGCAGACCUGUAUUAUGGACUGACCCCACGUGAGGUCAGAAAGUUUGCAUAUCAACUGGCAGUAACAUAUAACAUCAAACACCCACAGACAUGGGAUGAGAAGCAGAUGGCAGGGCCUGACUGGUUCACAUUAUUUAUGAAGCGGAAUCCUAGCCUGUCAAUAAGGAGUCCUGAGGCAACCAGCCUUACACGAGCCACAAGUUUUAACCGCCCAAAUGUGGAAGGUUUUUUCAACAGCCUUGGACAGGUCAUUGAGAGAUACAACUUCGACGGGAGCGAUAUAUGGAAUGUAGAUGAAACUGGUGUAACAACAGUCCAGUCACCAGACCGUGUUGUUGCUCGUCGUGGUGUCAAGCAGGUGGGUGCGAUGACAUCAGGUGAGAGAGGUGUGCUCGUGUCAGUAGCAUGCGCUGUGCAAGCGCUGGGAAAUGCAAUUCCUCCCUUCUUUGUAUUCCCCCGUAAACGUUACAAGGAACUCUUCAUUCAGAGUGGGCCAACAGGGAGUGCAGGAAGUGGUAACGCCUCAGGAUGGAUGCAAGAGGAAGACUUCCUCUUAUUCCUUGCUCAUUUUGCAAAACACACAAAGGUGAGCCCAGAGAAGAAGGUUUUACUUUUGCUGGACAAUCACUGUUCACAUAUAUCUGUUAAAGUUAUUGAUUUCUGCAAAGAAAAGGGAAUAGUGCUACUUACCUUCCCCCCCCACUGUAGCCAUAAACUUCAGCCACUGGAUCGCAGUGUCUACGGCCCAUUUAAGAAAAUGGUGAACACCGCAAGUGAUGCCUGGAUGAAGAUGAAUCCUGCCAAGACGAUGACGAUAUAUGAUAUUCCAAGUAUUGUGAAGACUGCUCUGCCUGCAGCUGCAACACCGAAAAACAUUCAAGCUGGUUUCCAAUCCACAGGUAUUUGGCCCUUCAAUCCUGACAUUUUUGAGGAGUGUGACUAUGCACCCUCACAAGUCACUGACCGUCCCGACCCAGGUACAUCACUGACAUCUGGAGCUUUCCAGCUGCAGUCUCCACCUACACACCUGGGGAUUGCCUCCUCUCCUCCAACUCACCUGGAGACUACUACUUCUGGCUCCUCUCCAGUUAAUGAUGUGACCAUGUCCUGUGCUCCAGAUGAGCCAAGCACCUCGGUGGUGUCUCCUGGUCAGGCAUUCAAUCCUUUGGCUAUGGCCAUUUCCAAAAGCAGGGCCAAGGAAAACAACUGGCAGGAUCAGGAAGAAAAAGAAAUCUGA